CACAAGUUAACAACACAAACAAAAAGUAGUGUCAUUUUUUAGGCACAUAUCCCCUCCAGUUAACCUAUCCUACCACAAUUAUUGUUGAUCAGCUUUUCCCGCGCAGAACGCAUAUCGGCGUCUUCGUGUCGUAGCAAGUCUUGUAUGCAUCCAAGUAGUGUAUGUAUCAGAACGAAACACUUUGUUUAUGCAAAAUAUGGAUCGUGAACAUUCUUAUGACCCAUAUGUAAGAGAACAACAAAGACUCAGACGCUUGUUUGAAGAAGUUUCGUCCGGGGAAGAAGAUCUACAAGAUCCUUUUGAAGAUGAUGGUGAGUUUGGCUCCGAUGAGGACUAUGUGCCUUCCGAAACAGGAGCAGAACUGUCUUCAUCAGAUACAGAUAAUCGGAAUCUAGACGAAAUGGAGGAUGAUAGUGACCGUGAGGGUGGCCUUUCAGCACCAGGGGAGGAAGCCGCCGACUACAAUGAAUCAAGUGACUGGCACCUAUACCAGACUUCAAUUUUGAUGUAACCAGCAAUCAAUGUAAAAUUCGAGAACAUUUUUACACUGCAGAUUAUGGAAUAUAUUCU